UGAAAAACUAGCAGUCACUUCUGGGAAACGCACUCAGUUUAUAGACCUGUAAAGGAUAUCUCCUCUUCUCCAUGGAAUGUAUUUUCUUGUGGGGUGGACACGAUUUAUCAAUACAUUGGAAAUAACCACAGUGUGAGUUUUUUAUUUUUGCUAUUGCUAAGAAAGAACAUCUUCAGUGCACAGUGACCAGAGAACCCUGCCAGAGUUUUAUGGGGGUGUUUUGUCUUUUUUCCCCUUAUAUGUAUGGGCUGAGCAUUCGCUGGCUGAAAAAUAAAGCGGUUCCAUCUGUGCCAUAGUUUUACUUUGUUUUUCCAGGUAAUUAAAAACAGCACAUUGCUUUGUAAUUAAGAGUCUGAACAAGACAAGCAGAGGGACGUAACAAGUUGCUUUUGGGAAUCAACCAUAACAAUGCAUCUAAACAGUUAUUUACUUUUACGUUUUUAAAAGUCUACUGGAGUAAAAAAGUAUUCUCACAGUUUGGAAUUCUGCUUCACUGAACAUUUUUUUUUUAAGUAGAAGUUACCUGGUUCACUGGUGAAGAUACAAGCCAGCACAAGGGAAUAAGAAGCUAUUAUGUUUUUCAGCAGAGAAACAUCACAUGUUUUUCAAACGACUUUGGCCACUAUGUCCAUCCUGGUAAUUUUCCUGGAUCUUACAAGCGAGAGCUUUGUGAAAAAUCAUCUUCAUUCAAGCUUCAUUCAGAGGAAAUUAAGCGGCAGAGAGAAACGAGAGAUGCAAAGGGAGAUUCUAUCCAUAAUGGGAUUGCCAGGGAGACCUAGACCUGCAAGUGGCGGCCAAGUUCCUUCCUCCGCCCCACUCUUCAUGCUGGAUCUUUAUCAUGCUAUGUGUAGUGAGGAAGAUGAGGAUGGAAUGCCAGGUGUUUCCAGAGCACAUUUUACAACAUUAAGCACUCAGAGCCCACCACUAGGAACAGUGAUCAGCGAAGCUGACACAGUAAUGAGCUUUGUUAAUAUGGUUGAACAUGACAGAGAUAUCUUCCAACAGAAGCCCUACUGGAAAGAGUUCAAGUUUGACAUGACCCAAAUACCCACGGGAGAGUCUGUGACGGUGGCCGAGUUCCGCCUUUUCAAGACGCGCAGCUUUUUACGUAAUUUGAAUCGCACACUUCACAUCAGUCUUUAUGAGAUAAAGAAGGAAAGAGGCUAUAGGGAGCCUGAGCUAACCUUAUUGGACCAUGAAAGCACACUGGCUGGGGAUGAAGGGUGGUUGGUGUUUGAUGUCACAGCUGCCAGUAAUCACUGGUUACUGAACUCCAAAAAUAACUUAGGAAUCCGUCUCUAUGUGGAGACUGAUCAAGGGCAAAGUAUUGAUCCAGGUAUAGCAGGCAUCUUAGGAAGGCGAGCACCGCGUUCGAAACAGCCAUUCAUGGUCACAUUUUUCCGGGUUAGUCGCAAUCAAAUAAGAUCAGCACGGGCAGUCAAACAGCUCAGGAAAAAGCAACAGAAGAAACAUGACUUACCGCAUCCCAAUAAACUUCCUGGCAUUCUUGAUCAUGUAAAUGUUAUUGACAGCCGGCAAGUGUGUAAAAGACAUGAAUUGUACGUCAGCUUUCGUGACCUGGGAUGGCUGGAUUGGGUGAUAGCUCCGCAAGGUUACUCAGCAUUUUACUGUGAAGGAGAAUGUUCAUUUCCCCUUGACUCCUGCAUGAAUGCAACCAAUCAUGCCAUACUUCAGUCAUUGGUUCACCUGAUGAAGCCAGAGAGUGUCCCUAAGGCCUGCUGUGCUCCUACCAAACUUUCUGCCACUUCUGUCCUGUAUUAUGACAAUAACAACAACGUCAUACUAAAAAAACAUCGAAAUAUGGUUGUCAAGUCCUGUGGCUGUCACUGAACAAGGCAGAAACAGGACAGGCCUGAGGAGGACUUGCACUUACCAAAGGAAUUUAGAAAGAUGAUUUAUUUAUCAAAUAUUAAAUUAAAAGUAACAUUAUAGACUGAACAUCACAGACAAUGACCAGCUAUAUAAACGCUUAUCACAACAACAUUGCUUUUACAACUUUUUCCACAAAGAGGGAUGAUUAUCCAGGAUGUUUGGUUGGGUUAAAAUAAAAUGAUCUAUUACAUAAAAA